UCCCGGCCCGCAAUACAACAGGCCAACAGGACCGACUCCUCUGCCCCAGCGCCUGCUGUGUCCUGCACCAGCCGCCUCCCGCCGGACCCGGACGCCCCUCCGUAGCCGGUUAGCCGCACCCUUCCCCGUCCUCCAGCUCAAGCCGCCCUUCCUGCAGGUGGCUGCGCGCCUGCGCCCUGCUGCUGCCGCGCCGGAGCCGCCCACCGCGCCCAGCCGCCAGCGGCCAGCCACAUCAGUCUCCCCGGCGGCCGGCGGUGUGCAGGCGUGCACCCUGGGGCCUGCAGACGUGCAACAUAACAAGCUAGCAGCUGGGAGCUGAGCAGCAGCCUGCAGCCACUUUUUUGCAGUCGAGUUGCAGUUUGUCCAGAGCCGAAGGGAUGGGCGCUUCGUCACCACGACGACGAGUACGCCCACACCAUAUCCGCCAAGGAGUUCCUCGCGGCUCACCCGAACAAUGUGCUGGAGAGCAGCGAUCCAACAAGGGCAUAUUAGUAUAUUUUUGUAUAGUUUAUUUGUUCUGUAUUUGUAAAAACGUCUUCAACAUAUAUCAUCAAACCAAACAAUCAACUUUGAACAUUUCAUAAAAGGCUGACUAACUUUGGAUAUAUAUGAUCAAAGAUCCACCAACUUUGUUACGGAUCAUCAAAUUCCUCCAACCUUACUUCGAUUUCUUUUUCCUUUUCCUUUCAGUCAGAUCUUUCCCCACGUCAGAUUUAGCUGGACUUUAUGGUGGAUGAAGCAGCAGUACAUCAGGUGUCCCCGCUGUUGGCGCCAAUGUCCAAGGACGAAGCUCGGCGCCGCUUCUUUGAUUUCAUGACCAAGGUUACGCAAUAUGAGGAGCUAGUUGAUGCCGGAAAAAUGUUUCUUGUAAAGUUUCGUCAGGAAUUAGAGCAUUUUCGAAGACCAAUGAUUCCCAUGGAAUCAGGUGCUGUCAGUCAGUUAGUCAAAUCUAACUACACUGAUCGACUGAAGUCCUAUCUUGAAGCAGGCUGCCACCUUCAGCACCAAAGUAUCCAGAAUAUUAACCAGUUACAGUCUUGCGAGGAGAAACUUGAGGACCAUAUAAAUAAAGCUAAAGUUUUGAUUGAAGAACUUGAAUGCCUGGCCGAGGAUGUUUAUAGCACUACGCUAAUAGCCAGCCUUAGUAUCUUAGAAGCUUCAGAUUGCUCUGAUGGCGAUAAUAACCUGCCAGCAGAUUGUUGUGAGGAUGAAGGGCAGUCUGUGGAUCCGCUGGACAGCGCAGUAUCUUAUUCGAGCGUUAUGAUUCUGGUUCACAAUAUGUUAAAGCUGGAUUAUUCGAUGCAGGAGAAGAUAGUCAAGGCACUGAGCCUUAAAACACCAUCGUCGGAGCUAGAUGGCUAUUGUCUGAUGUGGGAUUUGCGGCCAUAUGUUGAUGACAAUGUGAUGCAGCUUGCCUGGAAAUUCAUUUCGUAGAAGCGGAAGCGGACCAUGCUUGAUGAUAAACCAAGCAGCGUGAACAUUAGUGCCUGAUAGACAAUGAUUUUCGCGCAAGUAUCCCUAUUUACCCUUAGCAGUUUAAAUCUUUCAGAGAUAUUUCUUGAUUCUUAAGUUGGUUAUUUCCUAAUGUUUGUUAGUUCGACUUAGCCUCCAAGUUUGUAAAUUGGCUAUAUAAUGCCUAGCAAUAUCAGUGAAUAGACAAGAAAAUCAGUCCCAAUCAUCUCUCGAA